ACUUGAUAAAAUGGCACUAACGAAAUCCCAAAAAACUCUUAUAAAUAUACAAUUUGUAUAAUACAAACACAAAUCUCCAAGCAAAGAACAAUAGAUAAACGAAAAAGAAAAAAGUAAGAAAAGAAGAGGAAGAAGAGGAAGAAGAGGAAGAAGAGGAAGAGGAACGAAUAUGGGGAACUGUUUAGUAAUGGAGAAGAAAGUGAUAAAGAUAGUGAGAGAUGAUGGUAAGGUACUUGAAUAUAGAGAACCAAUUAGUGUUCAUCACAUCCUUACUCAAUUCUCUGGUCACUCCAUCUCUCACAACAACACUCAUCUCCUGCCUGAUGCUAAGCUUCUCUCUGGCCGUCUCUAUUAUCUCCUGCCUACAACAAUGACCAAGAAGAAGGUCAACAAGAAAGUGACCUUUGCGAAUCCGGAGGUGGAAGGCGACGAAAGAUUACUUAGAGAAGAAGAAGAUUCUAGUGAAAGCAACAGCAAUAUCGAUGGUGAUGACACCAAGAACGUAACUGUUGUAAGAAUGAAGAUCGUUGUGCAUAAGCAAGAGUUGGAGAAGCUACUUCAAGGAGGGUCGGUCCAUGAGAUGAUGUACCAGACUCUUGAGAAACAACUUUUACUUACUUCGUCUGAUGAUGAUGAUCUUGAAUGUAAUAGCGGCUGGAGACCUGCGUUAGAUAGCAUACCCGAAUCUGAAAGUCUCAGAAGAACAUAACAGAUAGCUCAUAUAUACUCAAAAAACAGUUUGAGCUUUGUUCAAGGAAAAACUUGUUUUUAGGUUUUGUUUGUAAAUAAAGCUUUAAGCUGUUAUAGGAAAAGACUGUGUGAUAUUGAUGAUAACACUAAGACUUUUUGAGUCAAGCUUUUUGUUUUCCAAGUAAAUUUAAAUGAAAAUUUCAUCCAUGUUUUUCCAUGGAUUGAGAAGAACUCAAUAGGAAAAGUAACAACCAUGUAUUAGAUUUAAUAUAACAUGAACAAACA